AUGUUAAGCUCCAAGUAUUCGGGCUACGCCACAUUCUCCGAGUUCAUCGCCUCCGACCCCGAGCUGUCGAUAUACCGGUCAUUUGUGGCUCUGAGCUCCCGCAGUCUGCUGUACCAGCAGUCUGAGCUCCUGCUGUUGGAGCACAAGCUCAAAGAACUGGACGACGCUGACACCAAGAGCAGCGCCGAUCUCGACGUGCUCCUCUCCGCAAAAUGCUGGGAGACAUUCGCGGCCAAGGCGGCCGCGGGAAAGCCGCACGAGUUAAAGAGGAUGGAGACGAUCAAAGAACUGCAAACCAAGCUGAAAGACUAUCAUGAGACGCUUCUCCUCCAGAAACACGUAUUAGGACUACCCAAGCCCCAGAAGCGUGCAUUCGGCGCUUUCCAAGGCCUUUUUGAUGACGAGCGUCCGUUUGUUGGGUACGGGCACGACCUGUUGAAGCCAGAGGGAGAUUUCGUCGCCUUACAACCGUCGUCUGAUCAGGAUUUUCUAACUGGGGCGAGGCACGAAACCACGGAAGAGAUCAAGUACUACUCCGCCAAACGCGUAUCGCGGCUUGCCACGAUAUUGACCGUGGUACUAGCAUCGCUGCUCAUAAAUGGCGCCAUCGUGCUCCUGUACGUUGUCGCUGAUCAGCACGUACGGCUUGGCAUGGUCGCUAUCUUCACGAAUCUGUUUGGGGCAACUCUGGCAGUGCUGACGGAUGGGAAAAGGACUGACAUCAUCCUGGCCACUGCGGCGUGUGCUGCCGUGAUGGUGGUGUUCGUAUCGUCAAGUUAG